GUGUCAAGUGGGAUUUUCAUUUUUCUGUGGAAAAUUAUUUUCCAUUAUUUGAAUAUUGGGUUACUGGUUAGUCUAAGGAUAUAUUCUUGUACCAAAUUUCAAUCGAAAACUUGCUUUUAACUAUCAUGGCAAUAAAACCAAUGUGUGACGAUGUCGUUCCGGAGCACAACAGUGAUGAUAGUGACACUGAAAAUACUCUUACGCAAAAUUCGCAACAUGUAUGGAGUCCACCAAUCGAAUUCACAUUUGCUACUCCGAAUAUUAAUUGGGGAAGGCUCUAUUCCAUAGCCGGAAAACAUUUUUGGAAAAAUUCCGAAUAUCCGAAAUAUUAUGAUCUUGUUCAACCUGAAUUUUCUCUUGGAAGGGCUCUCAUUUGUACUUUUGUCACAAAAAAAAACUUGAUCAAAGAAAAUACUGUAAAAUGUGUUAGCAAGAAACAUUUUGUGAUUAAGAGAGACUUGAGGAAACCUCUCACUCCUGCUAUAAUCACAGAUUUAUCAUACAAUGGAACUUAUAUAAAUUAUGUAAAACUUGGGCAUGGCUGCAGCAGAGUUCUUAAUGAUAAGGAUGUAAUAUCAGUAACACAUGUGUUUUGUAAAACAUUUAAGUACAAGGAUCUCUGGAAAAAAUAAAUAAAACAAAGUACCCAAAAAACUAUCACAAUGAAAAGCAUCUACAAUCGUCCUAUUUAAUUUCAAUCAAUACGCGACAUCGGAUAGCAUUAUGGGAACCAUGUGACUGUCCACCCUUUAAUUAAAAGUUCGCAAUCAAGCAUACACUAACAAUAAAGAAAGAUAAAUAGUUAUCUAUCUUUAAUAGGCAUAUUUUUGUAAUAACUCAAGAGAAAAUGUAUCGUGCGCGUGUUUAUUUGCACCAUACUCAGAUGGAACUAUUCAAAUAAUUAAAAAUGUAUGAUUAUCUAA